AUCUCUGUUGUGGGGUUAGCUGCGUAGAUUGGGGGCGGUUGAGAGUACUUUAUUUAAAUUAAAGAUCGACGGGAUUCAAGCCCUACUGAAGCCAUGGUACUUCUGGAAAACGAUUCGUUUUUGACAGAGCUGACACGACUGUUUCAAAAGUGCCGAACCUCGGGCAGCGUUUACAUCACACUAAAGAAAUAUGAUGGGAGGACUAAACCGAUGCCACGGAAAGGAAACCCAGAAACCUUUGAGCCAGUGGACAACAAAUGCAUCGUACGUGCGACAGACGGCAAAAAAAAGAUCAGCACAGUGGUGAGCACCAAAGAAGUAAUCAAGUUCCAGAUGGCAUACUCCAACCUGCUGAGGGCGCACAUCGAUGGACUCAAAAAGAAAGACAAAAAGAGCAAAAGCAAGAAGACCAAAGCCACGCAGUGAGGAGCCUCUGCCUGGAAGCCCCUCCCCCAAAUUUGACUGCCCCGCCCUGUUAGAUCAGACCACCUCCCAGAAUGAACCUUAACCAACCACAAGGGCAACAAAGCAGAAAGGAGGAGGAGCUACUGACCCGCCACACUGAAAAUGUUCUGCACAUACAAAAAGGACAAAACACAGCUCUCCUGUCUCUCAAAAGAGUUUGGGUGGGUGGAAGCAUUUGUGACUUUGAGACCCCGUGAAAGGGUCGCUCGUGACAUAGUCAACCCAAAAUUGCACAGGAAGCCGUGAUGGCUACUGCUCUCAGAGCAACUCUCCACUGUGCCUGUUUUUGGAAUGAAAAGAUAUGGAAGCUUUGAAGAGGCUGCGGGGUGGCGUAGUUUUGAGAUGGGGAAUUUAGACGUCGACUCAUGACCUCAUACCGCAAGCUGACAAUCACAGGUGUCUAUACCCAUCAAUAUUCCAACAAGCCACUUUGGAAAAAUGUUCUCAUAUCAGCAGCAGCCCACAUUUCCCCCGUAUUUGUGUUCACCGUGAGUUCUGAGGCUCAGCUGUCCCUCUUGGUAAAGUGAGGAGUUUCUAAGUGGACUUUCGUAGUGAAAGCUUACAGACAAGUCCACAUUUGUGACUGUUAUACCAUGUAGCACUAACAGUACAGAGGUUGCAGUUGGUGUGUCAGUGCGAUCUUUCGGUGGCCAUCUUAAUUUUCCAUUUUUAAAUUCACAAAUGACUGUCAUAUGUUAGUUUUUUAAGCAGUGGAGUGUUUGUGGGCCAGUCUGUUGGGGAACUAAUGUAAUUGGCUAAUGGGAACAGUGGGAUGUUCUUAAUUUACAUACAUGACUAGGAAAUGAAAAGACAGUAAAGAGUGCCCCGUUAUUUUACAACAUUUAUAU